CUCUGCAAAAACGUUGAGACGUUAGGGUUCCGACGCUCCGGUCUAUCUCGAUUCUUCUAGUAGCUUCGUCUUCGCUUUCUCCUCCUAUUAUCUCUUUCGCGGAAUCUAGGGGCGAAUUUGAUUGAUUCUUCAUCGAAUCCGUGAAAUUGAGCUCUUGUGAAUUCGGAUUUGUGGUGUUUGAACUGAGAUAGAUAUGGAGGUUGUUAAAUCUAAGUAUAGGGAUGAAGAUUUGGAGGUGGAAGAGGAGGAGGAUGAUUUGAAGAGCAGUCGGAGGGACCGUGAUCGGAGUAAGGAGAGGAGGAAGGAGAGGGGUUCUGAUAAGCGACGGGAGAAGGAUAGGCGGAGGAGGCGGUCUGAGAGAGUUAGUGAUGAUUCUGAAGAUGAGCACGAUGAUGAUGAUGAUGAUGAAGAGAGGGAGAAGCGUAAAGAAAAGGAGCGGAGGCGGAGGGAUAAGGAGAGGGGGAAGAGACGGUCUGAGAGAAGGAAGAGUAGUGAUGAAGAAGAUGACGAUGAAGAAGAUGAUGAGAGAGAUAAGCGCCGAGUGAAGGAGAAGGAGAGAGGACAUAGAGAGCAUAGGGAAAAAGAUCGGAAAAGGGAUAGGGAUAGAGAGAGGGAAGAGAGAAAGGAGAAAGAAAGAGAAAGGGAGAAGGAUAGGGUUAGGAGAGAACGGGAACGAGAGGAGCGUGAGAAGGAGAGAUUGAAAGAGAGAGAGAGGCGGGAGAGGGAAAGGGAAGAUGGAGAGAGGGAUAGGAGAGAACGUGAGAAAGAGAGGGGUAGGAGGAACCGGGAAAGGGGGAGGUCACGGGAGGAUGGAAAUGAAGAGAGUGAUGAUGAUGUCAAGCGUGAACUGAAACGUAGAAGAAGAGAGAGUGGAGAACGCAAGGAGAAGGAGCGUGAGAAGAGUGUUGGUAGAUCUAGCAGGCAUGGAGGAGAUGACAAUGGAGAUAGUCCUAGGAAAAAGAGUGUGGAGGAGGAUGGUGAAAAGAAAGAGAAGAAAACGAGGGAAGAAGAACUAGAGGAAGAGCAGAAGAAGUUGGAUGAGGAGGCGGAAAAACGGAGAAGAAGAGUUCAGGAGUGGCAAGAGUUGAAGAGGAAAAAAGAAGAAGCUGAAAGUGAGAGUAAGGGUGAUGCGGAUGAUAAAGAGCCUAAGACCGGCAAGGCCUGGACUCUUGAUGGGGAAUCUGAUGAUGAAGAAGGACAUCCGGAAGAAAAACCAGAAACAGAGAUGGAUGUCGAUGGAGAAACUAAACCCGAAAAUGGUGCAGAUGACAUGAUGGUAGACACGGAGAAGGAGAUAGCUACUACUGUCUCUGAAGUAGGAGGUGAUGGAGUUGCAGAUGAAGAGGAAAUUGAUCCUUUAGAUGCUUUUAUGAAUUCGAUGGUAUUACCUGAGGUUGAGAAGCUUAGCAGCAGUACACCUCCAGCAGUUGAAGAUGGUAUUUUGGUAACUAAGAAUAAUGGGAAGAAAAGUGAUCACCAACAAAAGAAAGGUUUUAACAAAUCCCUUGGUAGGAUAAUGCAAGGUGAAGAUUCUGACUCUGAUUAUUCAGAACCGAAGAAUGAGGAUGAUCCAAGUUUAGACGAAGAUGAUGAGGAGUUCAUGAAGAGAGUAAAGAAGACAAAAGCAGAAAAAUUGGCUCUUGUUGAUCACUCAAAAAUAGAGUAUGAGCCUUUCCGGAAGAACUUCUAUAUUGAAGUGAAGGAGAUCUCAAGGAUGACACAAGAAGAAGUUAACGCUUACAGAAAGGAAUUUGAGCUGAAAGUCCAUGGAAAGGAUGCACCAAGACCCAUAAAAUAUUGGCACCAGACUGGACUAACCAGCAAAAUUUUGGAUACCAUGAACAAGCUUAAGUUUGAAAAGCCAAUGCCUAUCCAAACGCAAGCACUUCCAAUCAUCAUGAGCGGUCGAGAUUGCAUUGGAGUUGCAAAAACCGGAUCAGGUAAAACGCUAGGUUUUGUUUUGCCUAUGUUGAGGCAUAUCAAGGAUCAGCCUCCCGUUGAAGCUGGUGAGGGGCCAAUUGGGCUUGUAAUGGCUCCCACUAGGGAGCUUGUUCAGCAGAUUCACAGCGAUAUCAAAAAGUUUUCAAAGCCAUUGGGUAUAAGAUGUGUUGCUGUGUAUGGAGGAUCAGGAGUUGCGCAGCAAAUUAGUGACCUAAAGCGAGGGACAGAGAUUGUUGUGUGCACUCCUGGGAGGAUGAUUGAUAUUCUUUGCACAAGCAGUGGGAAAAUCACCAAUCUGCGGAGAGUCACAUUUUUGGUAAUGGAUGAAGCUGAUCGUAUGUUUGACAUGGGUUUUGAGCCUCAAAUUACUCGUAUUAUUCAAAAUAUUCGACCUGAUCGGCAGACUGUGCUCUUUUCUGCUACUUUUCCACGUCAAGUUGAAAAUUUGGCACGUAAAGUCUUGAACAACCCUAUUGAAAUACAGGUUGGUGGAAGGAGUGUUGUGAAUAAGGAUAUAAAACAGUUAGUUGAAGUCAGACCGGAGAGUGAGAGGUUCUUACGACUGCUGGAACUUCUUGGAGAAUGGUAUGAGAAAGGAAAGAUUUUGGUUUUUGUGCAGUCGCAGGAAAAAUGUGAUGCCUUGUUGAAGGAUUUGUUUAAAAGGAGUUACCCUUGUCUAUCUCUACACGGUGGUAAAGAGCAGUCUGAUCGUGAAUCAACUAUAUCUGAUUUUAAGAGCAAUGUGUGCAAUAUUUUGAUUGCCACGAGUGUUGCAGCUAGGGGUCUAGAUGUGAAAGAGCUUGAGUUGGUUGUAAACUAUGAUGCUCCGAACCACUAUGAAGAUUAUGUGCAUCGCGUUGGCAGAACAGGAAGGGCAGGGCGGAAAGGCUGUGCUGUGACAUUUAUCUCUGAGGAUGACGCAAAAUAUGCACCGGAUUUAGUCAAGGCCCUGGAACUUUCUGAGCAGCCAAUCCCCGAUGAUCUGAAAGCAAUCGCUGAUGGUUUCAUGGCAAAGGUGAGACAGGGUACAGAGCAAGCUCAUGGAACUGGGUAUGGAGGUACUGGCUAUAAAUUCAACGAAGAGGAGGAAGAAGUAAGGAAAGCAGCAAAGAAAGCACAAGCCAAGGAGUAUGGGUUUGAGGAAGACAAGUCGGACUCAGAAGAUGAGAACGAUGUAGUAAGAAAGGCAGGUGCUGUUGGUAGUGAUACCUCACAACACCAGGCUGCUCUUGCUCAAAUAGCCGCCAUUGCUGCUGCUGCUAAAGCCAAUGCUGCUGCAAUGAAUGCUCCUGUGACUCCAAACCAGUUGCUGCAAAAUGGUGGCGGGCUUACUUCUCUGCCAGGUGCCCUUCCGGUUACUAUCCCUGUCCUUUCUAAUGAGGGGCCAGGCCGUGCUGCAGCCAUGGUUGCUGCCAUUAACCUGCAACAUAACCUGGCGAAGAUUCAAGCUGAUGCAAUGCCGGAACACUAUGAAGCAGAGCUGGAAAUCAAUGACUUCCCACAAAAUGCUCGUUGGAAGGUAACCCACAAAGAAACUUUGGGUCCAAUAUCGGACUGGACUGGAGCCGCCAUUACCACUAGAGGUCAGUAUUAUCCGCCUGGUCGUAUCCCUGGACCUGGGGAACGCAAGCUCUACUUGUUCAUUGAAGGACCUACCGAAAAAUCUGUGAAGACGGCAAAAGUUGAACUCAAGCGUGUUCUUGAAGACAUUACAAAUCAGGCUAUGUCACUUCCUGGAGGAUCACAGGCUGGAAAAUACUCGGUCAUAUAAUGGUAACAAUUGUGAAACAUGAAGCUCUCUGUGGGAGAAAAGGUGCUUUUGGCUCUGCAAUAGGUAAGAUGAGUUUGGAGAGUUAGUUCUGUUUUUUGUGUCGGUGAAGGGGAUUGAUUAGUCUGAGUUAAUGGUAAGAGGUGGUGUUUGCAAAGUAGAUCGGAUCUGUGAUCAACAUAGUUGAAGUAAAAAACAAACUCUUUGUAUGACUCAUGUGAUAUAAUGUGGCACAUACGUUGUCCUAGGCGAUCGAGAACCUUGGUCCACAAAUAUGGGUUGUUUGCCAAAUUCAAUUUUGCG